CCAAAGCAGCAGAAACAAACGUGGAUGAGGGGGGAAGAUUACGACGACGACAACGAUGACUUCAAAAUCUUGGAUCCGGAUGAUCCUUUGAUGAACAGGUUUCAGGAGGCUCUCAAGUCACACCUCAAGCGCAUUGAUGAAAAACUUUCCGAAGAGAUUUACGAACUCGGAAUAGAAAUUAAAGAUGCAGAAAAAAAGCGAGAGGACGAGGCCGUCCGUCUGUACGAGCUCCAGAAGGAGACGAGUCGGCAAGAGUCGGCUGUCGACAAUUACAAGGAUAUGCUGGCCGAGUUGGUGAAUCUGCGAGCAGACAUGGAAUGCCGCCUGCAGAGCGCCAAAGAGGCACACCGAGUGACGAGCGAGCGGCUAAAAGCCAAAAAGCUCGUGGAAAAACAGCUCGGCCAAACGAUCGAAAGCAUAGAAGCGCUCCAACAGCAGUUUUCCAAGUGGGAGGACGAGCUGCGCAAUAAUUUGACGAUAUCGCAGAGGAUAUCGGAAAAGGACGACGCGCUCGAGCGCGAGCUCGUUCAGCGGAAACAGCAGAGGGACUACGUUCUCUUCAAGCUCGAGGACGAGGUCUGGCGCCUCCAGGCCGAGAUCAAAGAUAUGGAUGAUCAGUUGCAGAUCAAAGACGCCGAGAAGGCUUCCCUUAGGCAGACCAUAGCUGAUGUGAGCGCCGAUUUAGAUGGCCUCAAGAAGGAGCACAAAACGCUCUACAACGCGUGGAAUGUCGUUCUUCAUCUUAUCAACAAGCAAGACCAGAUACACGAAGAAGCGAUGCUAGAGCAUAGGAAAACUCGGGAGACUCUGGAACGUUUGGAAACUCAAAUAACGAGGAUUAAAAAAGAUUCUGACAAAGAAAUGGAAAACAACGAGCGUCUCACUUCUUUGCAAUCGAGAAUAAGUGAAGAAAUCCUAUCGAUAAAAAAAUCCAACGAAAGUGACAGAGAUAAAUAUUUUAAUUUGGAGAUGAAUUUUGUUAAAGUUUCCAAGCUUCUUGAACAGAGUGACAAGGAAUUAGGUGCUGCUCUACUGAAUUACGAGUCCACUAUCGAGGAAGAAAAGUAUUUGAGAAAAGAGAGUAUGAAAUUUCAGAAUGAAAGGCGUGCCUUGGAAGAUGACAUUUUUGCGAAAUUGGAUGAUAAAAUUACUCACGACAAAGUUAUUAGACAUUUAAACAAAUUGUUACACGAAGCUAAGGACAUUAAUUUGGAAAAUGAGUUGAAUUUGACGCGUUUUGAAAAUUCGUAUGGAAAAAGUCUUUUGGAAUUGGAAAAGUUUAAUUCAAUCCUGGAAAACGGAAAGUUCGAUUUGGAUGUCGUAACUCGAAAAAAUACUGAAAAACAAGAAGAAAUCGACACUCUGCAAGCUGAAUCAAAAAAUUUCGAAUCGCUUUUCAAACAAAAAGAAAGAAAAAUAGCUAGUCUUAGCAAAAAAAUAGAAGAGAUGUUGGAGUUGUUUAGUGGAAAAGAGGCAAAUCCUAUAGACGCCAAAAUUGACGCAAUGGAAAAAAACAUUGGCGACACUGAUAAGAAAAUCAAAGAAGGGCAAAAGUUUUGGCUACGUGAACAGGGCAAUAUAUUUUCCUUGAGCAAGCAGAGGGACAGUCAACUCCAAGAGCUUGGUAUUAUUGCUAGAGAAAUCAUUCUGAUGGAGCAAAAGAAUUUAAAGCUUGAAAUUGAAUUGGAACAACAAAAAAAAGAGGAAGCUGCUAUUGAGAAAACUAUGAAUACACUGCAACAAAAAUUAAUUCAAAUUAAUAUGCGACUUGCUUCCCAAAAACAAUUCAAAAAUAAAUUGGAGGAUCAAAACAGCACGGUUAAAAACGAGUACAUAAAAUCUUUGGAAGAUGCAGAACUUGAGUUGAUAAAAUUCGAAGCAGAUAUAAGAAAUUUAAAUAAUGAUAAGUUUAUUUUAAAGGAAACUUUGUUGUUUGCCCAACAAGAGAGUCUUUCUUGGGAGAAAAAGGUUCAACUGGCAAAUGAAACUAACAAAUCAUACAAAGAAGAAAGAAAUGCCGGUGGUGACAUAGCUAUGAUGAAAAGUGAAAUACACAAGAUGGAAAUGCGACUUUCUUAUUUGCGCAAAGCACAAGAAAAAUUAAUUCAAGAUAUGGAAUUUUGUGUAUCGCGAAGAGACAAUAUUAUUGAUGAAGCAGUGGCACGGGAGAAGAAAAAUCCGAAAAACCAACACAACCAAAGGAUGGUACUAAGAAAAAGACUAGAUGAUCAGAAAACAAAAAUAAAACAACUACUCAAGGAAAUUAAACAAAUUGAAAAAAAAACCGAAAUCGCAUCAGAUGAACAAAACAAGUUACUUGAAUAUUUAACUGAGGGUCAAAAGUUGUUGCGACAAAAUGAAGAUGUUAUCCCAGACAUUGAAAAACAAAUAGCUGAAGCAGAACUCAUUAAACACCACAAUUUAGAAAUAUUGGUGAGAAAACAACGCAAAGUCAACAUGCUUAGAGAUUUAAAAAAUGGCCAUUAUAAAUCAUUAAUUAAAAACGAAGCAAUUUUAAGCGAAGAAAGUCAGAAUCAACAAAACAUAAAUAAACAGCUAAACGAAAUAAUGCAACGAACGGAACAUGAUUUUCCGUUAUUGAAAAAUCAAAUUCGAAAAAUAUUAUUGACA